AUGGAAAAGCUCCGUAUCGAGGGCGAAGGACACAACGCUCGCGCUGAAAAGGCUGAAACUGAAGUCAAAUCACUCAAGUCCGAAUUGGCGAAAAAGGAAACAGAGACUCAGUCUCUAAACAAUAAGAUCUCGCUUCUACAACAAGAUUUGGAAAGGACUGAACGUCGUGUUGAUGAGCACAAAGUCAAGGCAGCAGACAGUGAAAAGGAAAACAGGGAUUUCGAAAGUCUACAACGCAAAAUACAAUUGUUGGAAACUCAACACGAUGACAAGGAACGUCAAUUGAAAGAUGCUACUGAAAAGGCACGAUCCUUGGAAUUGGUAUCUGAACAAAACGAACGCAAAGCAAAGCAAUUGGAAGGAGAAAGGAAUGACUUGGAGAAACGAUUGGAUGAAAUGACAUCCAAAUAUGCAGCCGUCAAACAAGAGCUGGAACGUACCUUAAAAGAGUUGGAAGGUCUAUAG